AUGGCGGCUACGGAACUUGAGCAGCGUUGCAAUACGCUGCGGAGUGACCUCAAACUAUGGGAAAAGAAAUUCGCUGCUGCUCACGAUGGUCGGAAAGCCGGACGCGCCGAUAUCAAAGCCAAUACUGAAAUAUCUCAAAAAUACAAAGAAUAUAACAAGCUUCGAGAUAUUCUUGCAGGAAAGACUGGACCACAGACACCGUCGAAACAUACGCGCAGUCUCGCCCACAACGCCGAUCGAACUCCAAAGGCUGCGAAAGUACAACCGAAUACCCCGAAACGUAAAAUCGUUGAAAUUGGGACCGACUCCAUUGCUCCCUCGCCGAGCCAGCCUUUCUCAGAACAGCGCCCUGCUUUCAUUGGGCCUACUCCACAACGUGACGGAAAAGUGCUUGGCCUAUUUGACCUUUUACCCGCGGAGACACCGAGCAAGAGCAGAGCCGUGUUUGCUGAUAUCGUUCCGAAUAUUUUACAAACCCCAAGUAAGCAAGUCGAAUUCAAGGAUGUAGAGACAACGCCGGAAUUUAAGAUAAGGAGGGAGAGGACACCAUUGUCAUCUGGUAAGAGAUUCAUGCUCGACCAGUUUGUCACCCCGAAGAAACGACCACGCGCGGAAGAAGGGACCCCCACCUCAGUCGUUGGAGGACCAGUUACACCUGCAUUUCUGCGCCGCGAUAAUUUUCUAGCGGAUAUUUCCGAAGACCAUGAGCCAACACCGAGGCCACUUCCGUGGCAACGAAAGGGAAUGGGGAGAAGCUUGAGUGCCAUCAUCAAGUCGAUGAGAAAGCAGGAAGAAGACAAACUGGAUGAGGAGGCCGAUAUUAUGCGGCAAAUGGAAAUGGAGGAGUUGGAAAUGCCCGCAAAGAAAAAGCAGAAAUUACCAGAGGUUCACGUGCACAAUAGCCAGGCUACGAUGCCUUUGGGCCCUGACCGCGGAUUCGAGUCAGAGAAUGAAGUGCAAGACCCGAACAGCGACGUUCAGAAAACGUGGAAGAAGAAGGGCUUGAAGCGGCAGACCAGGCGUGUGAUCAGUAAGUGUUGGUUCUGCCAAAAAUCAAACCGCAGUCGACUAACACAUUCGCAGUGA